AACUUGACAACUAAAUCACAAAUACUUAUUGAUUUUCGCCAAACGUUUCAUUUUUUAUUGUAUAUAAAUAAAAACUUAACAUUUAAAUCUAACAAUUCUUUAACAAAAAUGUCGUCAAUAGUGCAGAAGUGUAACGACGACAACAUUCCAUUAGCUGAUGAUGAUCCGCAAGUGAUUAUUACAGACGACGUAGACAACAAUCAUUUAGAUCAUGGUCGUUCAAUGGACUCGUUGCCUAGUUCCUACACUGGUGGUUCUUCUAGCCCUGGCCUGAAUGGGCCGCAGAGUUUUGAGCCCGACUCGGGGUUAGAUGAGCAGGAAGAGAAGGCGCGGUUGAUAUCGCAGGUGUUAGAGCUACAGAACACUUUAGAUGAUCUGUCACAGAGAGUGGACUCAGUAAAGGAAGAGAAUUUGAAGCUGCGUUCUGAAAACCAAGUGUUGGGGCAGUAUAUUGAAAAUCUCAUGUCAGCAUCAUCAGUAUUUCAAUCCACUACCCCAAAUGUUCAUAAAAAGUAAAUCUGGGAGCUUGAAAUCUAUAUGCACUUUUAAUAGGGCAUACUUAUAUUGGUUGCACUUUAAAAUUAAGCAACUAUAAUGGUUUAAUCCUUAAUGUUUAAGUAAUAAAAAUAAAUAAUUACCAUACAAAAUUUGUAUAGCUUUUAUCAUCUUAUCAAGCAUACAUAUAAAAACCAUGUCAGUUGAUUUUGUGCUAUAAAUGUUGUAAUAUUUAGCACUUGCUUUCCUGGCACAAUUACUCAAGCAAAUUUGGUGAAACAAAAGCUUAAUACAAACACACUUUAUUGGAAAAAAUAUAUGUUUAAAUGGCUUA